GCUGACACCGGAGGAUGCUGCGCGACCCCAGACCGCCCGCUGAAGGACAGAGGGAGGCUCUCCUGCCUUCCCGGCAGAUCAUUUCCCUGUGUGUCAGCACCAGAGGCACGAGCAUGACUGGUCUGUGCUUCUCUGGGACGGAAGAAGAAUUUGGCUGCUGCGAGCCUGGUGACCAAGUGUCAGUGUAGAGUAACUGCGGGAACUGCCCCGGGGAAAGCGGCUGAGGAGCAGAGCCCCAGCUCCCUGCUGGGAUUCAGAUGCUGCUCUUUAAUUAGCGGAGAGGAGACUGACACCGAGCAAGUGCUGCCUGACAACUGUGCAGAAGAUUCUUUGAUGGAUUACAAUCUCAUCAGACUCCAACUUGAGAAGAAGAAUGACAGCUCAGACACUUAAACCAGACUUUUCACCGUCCUGGAAAGGAACUGGCUUUCAGAAUUUGGAGGGUUUUUGAUGCUCUACCUCCCUCUGCUGUUACCAGCGAGAAGUUCCACGACAAUGGGAAAUCAUGUACUGGCGGCUUCGAUUUCCAUGCUCUCGCUGCUGGUGAUGGUGGGAGACACGGACAGUAAAACAGACGGGUCCUUCCUGAUGGACUCCGACCCCAGCCGCUGUAUGAGGCACCACUACGUGGACUCCAUCAGCCACCCCCUCUACAAGUGCAGCUCCAAGAUGGUGCUGCUGGCUCGCUGCGAAGGCCGCUGCAGCCAGACGUCGCGCUCGGAGCCCCUGGUUUCCUUCAGCACCGUCCUGAAGCAGCCAUUCCGCUCCAGCUGCCACUGCUGCCGCCCCCAGACCUCCAAGCUGAAGGCCAUGAGGCUGCGCUGCUCGGGGGGCAUGCGGCUCACGGCCACCUACCGCUACAUCCUCUCCUGCCACUGCGAGGAGUGCAGCUCCUAGGGCACGGCCAGAGGGGGACCAGGGGUGCUGCUGGCGGGGAAAGACUCCCAAGGGACAAUCCAAGGUCAGGCCGGUGCUCCCAGCACAGGAUUGCGGCGAGGACACGACUAACCGGGCUGGAUUGAAUCUGGGAGCAGAAGCACAAAAUAUCCUGGGUUGUUGGAUGGUGCUGGUUGGUUUGGCAGCGUUGGCUGUGACAAAAGUGUGAGGACUUGUUUUUAAGAAGCCUUUCUUUUUUUCUGAAAGGAUAUUUUUGAGAGUUUCUUCUUUUUCAGACUCGGCUCUGACUACAGAGAGGUGCUUUUACUUUAGGCAGCAGGGGAACAGAGAAGAAGGUCAGCCAGAUGACGACACUGCAGUCUGGAAACUGACAUUUGGACAGAGGAUGGGCAUCAGUUCCCACAGACAACCUCUUAACCUAGCAAUUUAUUCUCGGUUUUCUAGUUAUAUUGGCCUUCAAAACAAACUGUGCUGUUGGCAAGGGUCGUCUGUUACUGACCUAGUGGCCAAAUGCUGGAUAACUUUAAAUGUGGUUUAGCAGAAUUUACAAAUAAACCAUUGAAAAGUGAA